GUCAAUAUUGCGGGAAAAGAUCCUGAAUCCUGGCGACUCACCAUUUUCAAGAAAUUGUUUUACAUAAAUUGGUACUAUUAUCUGGAUGAAGAUAGUAUUAAAGGAAAUUUAGUAAAUAUCCUGAGAGACUAUCUGAGCCAUCACCUAAAUCUGGACUAUAUUGGAAAUCUCGAAGGUCAUAUCGUGAAAGUCUUCAUUCCGUCGUCGUACCACACGAAGGCUGUCUCCAAAAUAGUACCUGUUCCAGUAGGAUUUGAAAUAACCAAUCCUUUGCUUCUGUCACUGAAAAUUAAAGCAAAGAAAGCCGAAAUAGAAUCACCACAGGGACUAAGCUACAGCCUUUCUGUUAGGCCUAGUGUGCACCAUUCAAUUUUGCAUUCCAACCAAAUCUUGGAUCUGCACGAUUGUAAGCACAUCGGAGUCUACCACGAGAAGAAAAUUUCAGCCUCUUAUCCAAUCGAGCUAAAACUGGCAAUCUCAAAGCAUGGCAAUUUGAGCCUGGCAUAUAGCUUUCCCGAACUUCCAAAGAAGAUUCUGUCAUACCAUUCCGAAUCUGGAACUUAUGCAGCAAAAUGGGACGGUGAAACUCCUCUCAGUUUGAAACCAAGAAAGAGUAUUCAGACUAUCCCCAUUCAGUUCAAAAGAGAAAAAGAAAUUGGUGUCCUUGGACUUCCAAAAUUUCAUGUAAAAGUUUUAACAGAAGAUAUCAAAGAAGGCAGGGAAGAAAUACCUCGAAAUCAGCAGGACCUCGCACGCUUGCUGAUAAGGAAGUUGCUCAACGCUGGAUGGAGGAAGAAAACAGUAGAGAUUGAGAGAGUUGCUGAUUCCAAAUUGUGGCCUUCCAGAGCAGAGGUGCAGCUCAAUGUCAGUAUCGAGCAAAACUUCGUUGAACAGUCAAUAUUAGUUAGGGAUGAAGACUGGGCCAAGAAGGUGAACCUCCGAGAUAAGUUGGAAGCCAAAAAUCCCAAGGAUUAUCCUGAGGAAGCCAAAGUUUUAGUGAAACUGUUAGAUGAAGAGAUUUCCCAUAUGAAUGAAACACUUAUCAUCGACUUGGUACAGAUUAGCAAUGGAAGAAUUGUCUUUGCCCUUCAUCUGAAUGCAUCUUACCGGUAUACCUUUGGAGGAUGUCUACAACACCUCCAUGUGAAUACCGAUCUCAAACAACACAGGCAUUCAAAACGUAAUGAAGCUAGUUUAGACUUCUUUGUGGCUUUCUUGAAAAGACCUCAUGAGUUCAGCUACGACAGGGAACAUUUCGGAAAGCAGAAGGCAGUGGCUUAUGCUUCUCUGUCACUACCCAAGUCAGAUGCUUUCGAAAAUGCAACAUUCUCUGCUAAGGCUCUGUUGGCCCACAGAUCUCUUGAGGAUCUACUCCAUAACGAACUGCUUUCUCCAAAGCUUUCUGAACUAUAUUUGCCAAAAACUCAUAAACAAUGUAUUCAUGAUGUCAGACAUGGAAACUCUUUAUCCGUGGCAUGCGUUAAAGCUAUUAAAGAAGCUUCCAUCUAUAAUAGUUUGGAUCUUGAUAUUAUCUGGCGCAAUGAAUUACCCCCUGAACUUUUUGAUUUGUUAAUCAAAGUGGAGUUAGCCGCGAAAUUCGCCUUCUUUCCUCACCUGGAAGUGGAAAUAAAGAAAGGAGUAUCGAAGGUGAGAUGGCCGUAUCUUCGAUUCCACUCCAUCAUAAUCGAUAAGCUGGUUGAUAAACCUGUUGCUGAUAUUGUCAUCGAGAAGCCAGAUGAAAUCCUGAAGUUCCAUAAAGUGGAGUUAGGACCUAUUCAGCCUAUCUCCUGCAUAGAGCCUCUUGUAGAUACUUACUUUCAGGCUUACAGCAACAACACUUAUCCAGUUUCAUGCAUCAUCACCGAGAAACAAGUGAAAACAUACGAUGCAAAGGUUUACCAACUACCAGAAAAUGCUCCGGAACACACUUAUAUUGUAUCAGCUCACAGCAUAGAGCACAAAAAAUUCGCUGUCCUAGCCAAGAUAAGACCAGGCUCAAAUGCUGUCGAGGAAAUCCAACUGUUUAUAGGAGCGGAUGUAAUUGUCCUCAUUCCUCCUUCAAGGCACGUAUACAACCUCAAGCACAACGAAGUAAAUGUGCCUAUUCGCUUGUUGAAAUCUAAAGUACUGAACUGGGAAGAACAGAUUCAUGCCUUCGUCUAUCCACUUGUUGAUGGAAAUGUAGUUCUUGAAGUGCAUGCCCAUGUGGCAGGUGUCAGAGUCACCUAUGACGGAAAGAAUCUGAAGUUAAAGAUUCAUCCAAGAUACAAGGGCGAACUGUCCGGGUUGUGCAGUGAAUUCGAUGGUGACGUUCUUCGAGAAUUCGUAGGAGUCGAUGGAUGUUUAUAUUCUAACAGUGAUGAUUUCGUCAAAUCUGCCAUUGUUGACAGUGAUGCAGACAGGACACCAGAACAUCCAGUUAUAUGUGAUCAGGAUGAAAUUCUACACCGCACCAGGGAGAAACAGUACUCUCCUAGAAUGAGACGAAACUUAGUCUUGGCCAAGGGCGAGGAGCUGUGCUUCUCUGUGAAACCCGUCCCAAUGUGUGAUAAUCAGGCAUCACCACAGCAAACAAAACAAGAAAACGUCAAAUUUCAUUGCUUACCCAAACGUGAUGUUGCCGCCAGGAGAAUGGUAACUGAAGCAAAAAGAAGGAUUUUGGGAGAAUUAGAAGCCAAGUCUGCUGAUUUAACACAAACCGUAAAUGUAGCCAAGAUGUGUUAAAAACUCCAACUGACUUCUAGGAAUUCCAGCUGGCUUCUAGAAUGAAUGUGGACUGUGAAUUUAUUUAAACUUUAGCUAAAAUAUUUUGUAAUGAAUUUAAUAAGACAACCACGUGUAAAAAUCUGUGAGUAAUAAAUGUGAAUGUACAUGCUUUA